AUGGAGAAGAAAAACGUUGUGGAGACUCGUCUGCAAGACGAGAUGACCAGGAACUCAGAGCUCCACACAGAAGUAAGCAGGAUGCGUACGUUAGUCAAAACGGCCAAAAAGAAGCUCCGUGACAAGGACAUGGGAGAAGAGAAGAGCAGAGAAGAUGUCCAGGCUCUGCUGAACAAGGAGACUCAGCUGCGACAUCAGCUAGAGAUGGACUAUGGUGACCUGGUGGCAUCUCUGAAGCGCUCACUCGUGGACAGACAGAGGACAGAAGAAGAGCUGAGGUCUCACUUGGAGGCAGCUGAAAGAGAGCACAGUCAAGUUGAGGAGAGGUCCAGGCAACAGCUGCAAAGAAAACUGGACGAGGUCAACCGCUCUUUCCAGACUCAGAACACUUCUCAGAAAUCACUGCUCUCCCAAAUGGAGCACAGAAUCAGGGAGCUGGAGGACCAAGUGUCCAAGAAUCGCUGCAGCGAACAAGACAGCAUCAGACAUCUGGACAUAACCCAGACUGAGCUGCAUGCAGAGGCAGGUCACAGAGAGUGCACUCCGCUGCCCUGUCCUCCUCUGGACUGUACACACACAGUGAGCGUCCCGGGAGAAUGCUGCCAGAAAUGUAGAGGAUGUGUCCAUGAGGGGAGCCACUAUGAUCACAAUGCAAAGUGGACAUCUGUGAACAACCGCUGUGAACUCUGCCACUGUACGGAGGGUCAUGUUCACUGUGAGAAAGAACAGUGUCAAACUCCAUGUAAAAAUCCUGCAGCUCCUUCACCAAACAGCUGCUGUCCAGUUUGCCAAGGUUGUGGUGUGAAUGGCCACACCUUCCCCAAUGGUGCUUUGAUUCCAACUGGUGAUAGAUGUCAGGAAUGUACUUGUCUGGGUGGAGACGUGCGCUGUUCACCUCUCCCCUGCCCCGCCUUGCCGUGUCCCAGCCCAGUGCAUCGAGUGGGGGACUGCUGCCCGAGCUGUGAUCAGUGCGAGUUCGAGGCCCAGCGCUAUGCAGAGGGACAGGCCUUCAGCUCGUCCAGAGACCCCUGCAUCCAGUGCCACUGCUCUGCAGGGAUAGUCUCAUGUGAGAACACGGCCUACUCAUGCCCCCGACUGCGUUGUAGUCAUCCUGCCCGGUCUGCUGGCGAGUGCUGUCCCUCGUGUAAAGAGUGCGAGUACGAGACCAGAGUGUACGCCAAUGGAAAUGUGUUCACCCCAGUGGGAAGUGGGCCUUGUCUGCACUGCACCUGUAAGAAUGGAAAUGUCAUCUGUCGUCAAGAGAAGUGUCCGCCGCUGAAAUGCUCCAAUCCCAUCACUGAUCCACAACACUGCUGCCCUAUCUGUAAAGUGUGCGUGGUGGAGGGCGUGGAGUUUGCUGAAGGCUCGGAGUGGCGUCCUGAGGGCCCCUGUUCUUCUUGCUCUUGUGUUGACGGUGAAAUCCGCUGCUCCCAGUCUCGCUGCCCACCCAUUGACUGCCUUCAUCCCACGAAGAUCACUGGCACCUGUUGUCCAGUGUGCGACAGUUGCACUUAUAACCAGCGCAUCUAUGGCAACGGCCAGAGGUUUACAAGCCCCGAACAGCCCUGCCAAAGCUGCACUUGUCUGCAUGGAACUGUGGAAUGUGAGAAAAGUGCUUGUCCUCCAGUUACUUGCACUAAUCCAUCCAUACCAACUGGGAAGUGCUGUCCAAAGUGUUCAGACUGCUCCUUUGAGAACCGCGUGUUCGUGGACGGCGAAGCCUUCUCCAACCCCCUGAACCCGUGUGAGGAGUGUAAAUGUAAGAAUGGCCAAACAAACUGCUACAGAAGGGACUGUCCAGCUCCACAAUGCAAUGCUCCGCUGCCUGGACAGUGCUGCAACACCAACUGCGAUGGCUGUAGUUAUGCUGGGAAGGACUACCCCAACGGUCAGGAGUUUGGUCACCCCACGGACCAGUGUCGCUCCUGCACUUGCACCAAUGGAAAUGUGCAGUGUCUGAAGAAAAGGUGUUCCCCGUUGCCGUGCUCGAAGCCUACUCUUCAACCCGGAGAGUGCUGUCCAAGGUUCCCCAUCAUGCUGCCCAUCCUGCAGCGGCACUGA